CUAUCGAGGAAACCCUAGAGACGAUCUCCGAGUCCCCUCAUCUAUAAAUAUGGGCAGUAGUAGCUCUUUAACAGCCACUGCCCCACUCUUUUUCUGACUCGCUAAUCGCUUUCCCUUAAGGGUUGCGGGGUUUCUAGCUCUCCGCCGCUUCUGCCUCUCAAGGAAAUAUAUUGAUUUAAAAUGGGUAAGGAGAAGGUUCACAUCAACAUUGUGGUCAUUGGCCACGUCGACUCUGGCAAGUCGACCACUACUGGCCACUUGAUCUACAAGCUUGGAGGAAUCGAUAAGCGUGUGAUUGAGAGGUUUGAGAAGGAAGCAGCAGAAAUGAACAAGAGGUCUUUCAAAUACGCCUGGGUGCUUGACAAGCUCAAGGCAGAGCGUGAGCGUGGUAUCACCAUCGAUAUUGCCUUGUGGAAAUUUGAGACCACCAGGUACUACUGUACCGUCAUUGAUGCUCCUGGGCAUCGUGACUUCAUCAAGAACAUGAUUACUGGAACAUCACAGGCUGACUGUGCCGUACUCAUCAUUGAUUCUACCACUGGUGGUUUUGAAGCUGGAAUUUCAAAGGAUGGUCAGACCCGUGAGCAUGCUCUCCUUGCUUUCACCCUUGGUGUCAAGCAGAUGAUCUGCUGCUGCAACAAGAUGGAUGCCACUACCCCUAAAUACUCUAAGGCAAGGUAUGAUGAAAUUGUGAAGGAAGUUUCUUCCUACCUGAAGAAGGUUGGCUACAACCCUGACAAGAUCCCAUUUGUUCCCAUCUCUGGUUUUGAGGGUGAUAACAUGAUUGAGAGGUCUACCAACCUUGACUGGUACAAGGGCCCCACCCUCCUUGACGCUCUUGACAUGAUUUCUGAGCCCAAGAGGCCCUCAGACAAGCCUCUCCGUCUUCCACUUCAGGAUGUUUACAAGAUUGGAGGUAUUGGUACUGUCCCAGUGGGUCGUGUUGAGACUGGAGUUAUCAAGCCCGGUAUGGUUGUCACCUUUGGCCCUACUGGACUAACAACUGAAGUUAAGUCUGUUGAAAUGCACCAUGAGGCGCUUCAGGAGGCAUUGCCUGGUGACAAUGUUGGCUUCAAUGUUAAGAAUGUUGCCGUGAAGGAUCUCAAGCGAGGUUUUGUUGCAUCUAACUCGAAGGAUGACCCUGCCAAGGAAGCUGCUAACUUCACUUCUCAGGUCAUUAUCAUGAACCAUCCUGGUCAGAUUGGAAAUGGUUAUGCCCCAGUGCUCGACUGCCAUACUUGCCAUAUUGCUGUCAAGUUUGCCGAACUUCUCACUAAGAUUGACAGGCGGUCUGGUAAGGAGCUUGAGAAGGAGCCCAAGUUUUUGAAGAAUGGUGAUGCCGGAAUGGUCAAGAUGAUUCCCACCAAACCCAUGGUGGUUGAGACUUUCUCUGAGUACCCUCCCCUGGGUCGUUUUGCUGUCAGGGACAUGCGCCAGACUGUUGCUGUUGGUGUCAUCAAGAGUGUUGAGAAGAAGGAUCCCUCUGGUGCUAAAGUCACCAAAUCUGCUGCAAAGAAGAAGUGAAUGGUGCGGUCUGGAAUUUUCAUCGAUUCAGUUGAGAACGAUUUAUAUUUCUAUCAUAAAGACUUAAUGCAUGGUAGCUGCGUGGUUUUUCAGAGUCUAGUCGGUUUUGUCCCUAGUUUCGUUUCUUGUGGCUUUACAUGUUCCUCCUCUGGUUGUACCCAGAACUGGGUGCUAGACAGGCGGUGGUGACACAUUGCUUUUGGCCAGAGUCCCAGAGAGUUUCUGCUAUUGAACACCCUUUUAUGUUGGAUGUUGAGUUAAAUUUUUAUUUAUCCAAGGAUCUAUUUUAUAUUUA